CGGGCUGCUGGUGCCCGCGGGCGGCUCGCGCCCACCUGCUCGCCGAGUCCGCUGCGCCCCGCUCUCGGCCGCGCAAGUCGCGGGUCCCCGGGCCCGGGCUGGGGCUCGCGGGCCCCGAGGAUGGCGUCCGGACCGCGCUGACUCCGUUUCUCCUGGGAACAAGAUGAGUGAUGGAGCCCUGGGCCCCUCCACACAUGGCGCAGCCGUGAUGGGCGUGGUGGAUGGCCACCCGGGACGGCCCACACAGAGCCUGCACCCUGCGACGCUCAAGGCGCCCGAGCAAGGCCCCGGGUGGGCAGCUGGUGGCCUGGAGGACCGGCACAGCCUUUACUCGGCGGACUCGGGCAUCCCCACGCUCGAGAUCAGUGACCCCGAGCCUGUGCCCUGUGGCCUGGGCCUCGUCCGGAGGGCGGAGGCGCCAGCACUCACGCGCAGCUGCCAGAGCGAGUGCCCGCUGCCACCCUGCAUGCCCGAAGCGCCCGGCGGUGCCCCCGAGCCAGCCGCGCGCAAGGCCUCCACGUUCCCCAGGACAGGCUACGACUCGGGCCGGCCCUACAGCCCUGGCGCCCGCACCGCCCGCAGCAGUGACCAUGGCUCGCUGUGCAGCGCAUCCAGCCUGGGCACCGAGCUGUCAGCCAGCAACGAGGACAUUCUGGACCUCAUGGUCACCAGCAGCUCCAGUGCCAUCGUCACCCUGGAGAACGACGAUGAGGACCCACGGUUCACCGACGUCACCCUGAGCUCGCUCAGGGCCGCACCCGGGGCACUGUGGGCGCCCAUGCAGGAGGACCGGAUGGAUGGAGCGGACGGAGCGGACGAGGGGAGCAAGCGGGGCCUGCUGGGCUCCGUCGGCAGCUUUUUGUCCAGGAACUUGCUUGCUAGAAAACAAAAUGCAAGACUUGGCAAACAGAGUGACUUGGGAUGGAAGUUACUUGGAAAAGUGUCACUGCGAGAGACUGCUCAGAAAGAGUCCAGGAAAACGCAGAAGGAAUGUGAAGACAAGGCUGGCCACCGCAGCAGGCCCCCGUCCCCCCGGCAGAGCGUGCGCAGGACCCUGGACUUGGAGCCGCUGUCCACCACAGCGCUCAUCCUAGAGCACAGGCCAGCAAACCUACCGGCAAAGCCUGCAGAGGAGGCGGAGAAGCACCAGCAGCAGUAUGAGGAGAUGGUGGUCCAGGCCAAGAAGCGAGAGCUGCGCGAGGCCCAGCGGCGGCGGAAGCAGCUGGAGGAGCGGUGCCGGCUGGAGGAGAACAUCGGCAACGCCGUGCUCACGUGGAACAAUGAGAUCCUGCCUCACUGGGAGACCAUGUGGUGCUCUCGGAAAGUGCGAGACCUCUGGUGGCAGGGCAUCCCUCCCAGCGUGCGGGGCCGGGUCUGGCGCCUGGCCAUCGGCAACGAGCUGAACAUCACCCACGAGCUCUUCAACAUCUGCCUGGCCCGAGCCAAGGAGAGGUGGCGGUCCUUCAGCGCGGGCGGCUCUGAGGCGGAAAGCGAAGAUGCCGGGUUUUCAGCCGCAGACAGAGAGGCCAGUCUCGAGCUCAUUAAACUGGACAUUUCCAGAACAUUCCCUAGUCUCUGCAUUUUCCAGCAAGGCGGCCCCUACCACGACCCCCUGCACAGCGUCCUGGGUGCCUACACCUGCUACCGGCCCGAUGUUGGUUACGUGCAGGGCAUGUCCUUCAUCGCAGCCGUGCUGAUCCUCAACCUGGACACUGCAGACGCUUUCGUCGCCUUCUCAAACCUCCUCAACAAGCCCUGCCAGAUGGCCUUCUUCCGAGUGGACCACAGCCUGAUGCUGACUUACUUUGCUGCUUUUGAGAUAUUCUUUGAAGAGAAUUUGCCGAAGCUGUUUGCUCACUUCAAGAAAAACAACCUAACUCCAGACAUCUACCUGAUCGACUGGAUCUUCACCCUGUACAGCAAGUCUCUGCCGCUGGACCUGGCCUGCCGCGUGUGGGACGUGUUCUGCCGCGACGGGGAGGAGUUCCUGUUCCGCACGGCGCUGGGCAUCCUGCGGCUCUUUGAGGACAUCCUGGCCAGCAUGGACUUCAUCCACAUGGCGCAGUUCCUCACCCGGCUGCCCGACGACCUCCUGGCUGAGGAGGUCUUCGCGUCUAUCGCCACCGUGCAGAUGCAGAGUCGGAACAAAAAGUGGGCGCAGGUGCUGACUGCCCUGCAGAAGGACAGCCGGGAGCUGGAGCGGGGCAGCCCGUGUCUCCGGCACUGACCACCGGGCCUGUGCCAGC